AUGGAUGGAUAUAAUACCCAUAAGGAGAUGAAUUUGAAUUUUAUAAAUUGUAAGAACAGUAAUGAUGCAAAUAUGAAUUCCAGAAAUAGAAAAAGCAAUUUUAUGGAAUUUCAAUAUGGAAAAGUUGUAAACAACGUUCUAGGAUUAUUCAAGAAACAAAACAAACAAAGAUUUGUCUCAACGUCAUCUGCUUUACGUAGUGAUAUGCAUGAACAAAUUUUAAGUUCUCGAUUAUUUUUAGAUUUAUCUGAAGAUAGAGAAAUCUUAUUGCAUAAAAUAUUAAAAAAAAUAAAUAUUUUAAAUUUAAUAUAUUUUCGUUUUUUAAAAGAUACUGACAUAGAUGAUGUAUUUGAUUUACAUAAAGAACUCUUUCCUGUAAAAUAUCAAGCUGAUUUUUAUUUCAGUAUUUGUAAUUUUGACGAUAAUAAAAUAAUAGAUGAUGAAGUUACAAGAAUUAGUGAAAAAAUUUCUCGUUCGUUAAGAAGUAAUGUGACAACCAAAAGGUAUGGAAACAAUUGUGCAGCAUACAGAAGCAGUAUCACUGCAUCUCCAAAAGAAGUGAAUCCAAAUGGCACUACCAGUGAAGGUAUCCAUAAGAAUGGUAGUAACAGUGAAGGAGUUAAUGGUUCUAGUAAUGAAGGAAGUGAUGGGACGCGCAAUUGGAAUUCCAUGUAUGGAUUAAACUUGUUUGAUUUUUCAACAGAAGAUGAUAAGAUAAAAAAGGAUUGUGAUAUGCCCCCUUGCCAUGAUAAUGAUUAUGAAAUAGAGGGAAAGAAAUGCGAGGAAUCAAUUGAAGCUGAUAAAAAUUCAUACUGUAACGAUGAUGAUUUGGACAACAUUUCAAAUAAAAAAGUAGUUAAUUCGGAAGAUUGCAAUUUGUCAAAUCAUUCUUUGGAUACGGAUAAUGACGUUAAAAAAAAAAUAAAUAAAAAGUGGAAAGAAGAAGAAAUAUUCUCCAUUGGAGCUUUUCUGCCUUUUUCAUUUAUUGAUUAUGUAAAUAGUGACAGUGUUACCAAAUUGAUUCAGAAAAAAACGUUAGAAAAGGUGAAUGAAAAAGAGAUUCUCAUAGAUUAUAUCAAAUUUAUGGACGAAUGUAAUAAUAUGAGAAAUAAUGACCCAACUGGGGAUAGUGACACGAAUUCUGUGGACACAACUCAAUCGGCUAAUAUUGGUGAUUCUUCCCCCUUUACCAAAGGAAAUAUUAAUAGAACCAAACCUCCAAACAAAUUUCACAAUAAAUCAGACAAUUAUACAAAUGCAUCUGCUAAGUGUUUCCCCACGAUUUGUUUUUCGCAAAGUACACAAAACGAACCCUUCAUGUGUAAAGGAAAACGAGAAACAUUCAGCAAGAUUAAUCAUAAAGAAAAUGAAUAUAUUUCUAAUAGAGAUUGCAAAAUCCGUACUCCCCAUAAUUGGAUUUCCUAUAAAGUUGGGCAUAAUUUGUGUAGUUAUAACGGAAUUCAUUUGGAUGAAUAUUUAAAAAAAAAUGAUAUUUUAAAGGAAAAAGAUAAUGAUUUAGUGCAUAAAAAUGAUAAUAACGCUAAUGAUGAACACGAUGAGGAAGAACACAAUGAUGGUGAUGAAGAUGAUGAUGAUAAGGGUGGUAGAAGAAUUAGUUACACAAAGGAAGAAAAUAAUAAGAAAUAUUGCCCAUCUGUAGAUAAAUCAAAAAAUGAUGUGAAAUUGAAUAAUUGGCAUUGCGGUAGGAAUAAUAGUACGUCGACAACAUCCCUCGAAAAUAACAAAGACAUAGAGAACUCUGAAAGUGUAAACCAAAAUGGUAACAUUCAUUUUAAUAAUUAUCCAGGUAACCACCUUAAUCAUAUAUAUGAUAAUAAUAGGAAUAUUCAGGAUAUAUACAAACAGCUAAAAGAAAAAAGCAUAGAGUAUGAAGAGAACAAUGAUAGAAUUUUAAGUUCUGAAAUUUUGAUCAACAGAUUGAGGGAUAAAAUAUAUUUAAACAAAGAAACUUUAAAUUUAUAUAAUUAUAAUAAAAAAAGAAUAAAAAAAGAUUAUUUAGUUGGAAGUAUUUCAAAUUUGAUUAAUUACCAGGAUGCUAGAAACGAAAAAGAUUUUAUUAAUAUAUAUAAUCAUUUCAAAAAAAAAUCAGAUAAUUCCAAAAAGGGAAAGAAUUACCUGAAAUAUAUGUACGAUUCGUCUAUGAAUUUUUUGGAGAAUUACAUCCCAUUAGAUAAAAAUGGAAAUAUUAGCAGCAAAGAAAAAAAUACACCUGCAUUAUUUAAUAACCCCAAAAAAAUGAACCAAAGUGAAUUACACAGUGAUUGCACAUUCCAUAUGAAUGGAAAAAAUGCAAAUAUGAAGACUUCGUCCAGAAAAUUGAUAAAUGGGGAUGAUGAAAAAAUAAAUGAUUCCCCAAUCAAUCCAUUUGACAUGGAAAAAAAGGAACAUAUAAAUCUAAAUAACGCACUGAACGAUUUAUCAGUUUUGAGAUCACAACAUGUUAAUAAAAAUGCACACUUUGUAAAAAAGUUAUAUGAAGAAAUAUAUAUGAAUGAAAAUAUUAAACAAAUGACAAAAAAAUAUAUUAAAAAAAAAAUUAAUAGUAUAUACAUAUUAACAGUUGGAAUAAGUGAAUAUUUUAGAGGAUUAAAUUUAGCUUCCUACCUCAUUGAAUAUACUGUAUUUUAUUUUUAUUUCAUCAUAUAUAGAAUGUUUCUCUAUAAUAAUAAAUUCUACUGUUACAUUGAUAAUAAUUUAUUUUAUAGCAUUUGCACUGAUAAUUUAAGAGACGAAUAUCAUGACGAAAUAUUUGAUGAUGGAUUACUUACGGACAAUUCAUCAGAUGAUUUUUACUCCAUCCUAAGUGAUGAAAAAUCGCUUUCUGAUAAGGACUAUAAACAUCGAUAUAGUAUAAAUGGAAAAGGGGAAAUAUUAGUAAGAGAAAUACGAAACUGUUUAGAAACAGAAAAUAAAUUAGCAGAUGACAAACAAAAUAGGCAAGGUGGUAAAAUAUGUGAAAAGGAAAACCAAAGAAAAAACGAAGAUGAAUUGGGAAAUCUGAAAAACGAUGGAGGAAACGAUGAGUUCGAUAAUUCCCAAACAGAUGAAAGGAAAAACGAACCCCUACCAAAUUCGAAAAUCAACUAUAUUAAUACUACUAAACGAAGUUGUUUUUAUGGCCAUCAUUUGGACGAAAAUGACAUUGGAAGAAAAAACAGCGACAAAAGAGGGGAUAAUUCCCCUCUAACAUUUAAAACCCAUAAAAUGAACAGAAUGAACGAUCACAUUAAUCGUUCCAACAAACACAAAAAUACAUGGAACAGUGAAAAAUCUAAAAAUUAUAGUAUUUCCAAUGGCGUACUGAGAGAGUGUUAUAAGCAGAUAAUAUUGAAUGACUAUUUGUACCACCUGUACGCCAUUAUUCAUAAUAAGAAUGCAGAAAUGUUAGUAGAAAAAGAAGUGCAAAAUGGAGAAGCGAAAAGUGGCGAAGUGAAAAAAUUAGAGAUCCCAAAAGGAGGUCCCUUUCCACCACUCUUAAAAUUCCCCAUAUUUAAAAAUCCACUGUAUUGUUCAAACCUAAGUUGUAAAAUACUCGACCUUUUUUUAAAUAAUUUUUGUGCCUUUAAUUUAAAAGACAGGCCAUUUUUUCAAGUAAAAAAUUUUAACAGAAAAAAAUUACGCAUGGAUUAUAAUGAUGAAAAUGCAUCCCUUCCACUAUACAUGUAUUUACAUGUAAUAGAUUACAACAAAGCAGCUAUAAAUCUAUAUAAUAAACUAAGCUUCGAUUAUAUAUGUACCUAUGACAAUUUUUAUGAUAUAAACAAAACGACCUUUUCUUCAUAUUUAUAUGCAUAUUUCUUUUAA